AUGGGUUCUCAACAUGAUACCAGCCUGUUCGACUGCAUCUCAAUACCCGGCAAAGGCUAUGGACUGCUGGCCACAAACGAUAUCUCACCAGGGACGGUGAUCUUCCAGGAAGGACCGAUCAUGCGAAUCGACAAGCCUGGAUCACUCCUGACCGAAGAUGACGUCUCGGCAGCAUUUGACAAGCUGUCAACCUCGGAGCAAGAAGCCAUCAUGGCCCUGAAUGAAGACAAGAAGCUCGACAGGUCCAGACUCAUGGGUAUCUUCAAAUCCAACACCUUUGGCAACAACGACGCUUGCUGGAUCCAUCCCACAAUAUGUCGCAUAAACCACAGUUGCGUGCCCAACACUGUCACAGCGACCGAUCCUUGCUGCAUAGGCGAUGAGGUGCAGGUGUUCGCGGAGAAGCCCAUUAAAGCCGGCGAAGAAAUAACCCUCUCCUAUAACCACCAGCUCUACGAGAUCACCACCGCCCGCCAACGUGCGGUUCUUCUGCAGCGCCAAUAUGGUUUCGCCUGCGACUGCCCCGCUUGCGCAGAGGGCUCCGCCUUCCGCACCCUCAGCGAUCAACGCCGCCUUCUAAUCAAAGAACUCCGCCAAUCCCUCAACGGCCUCCAAACCUCCGACUUCUCCAUCCUCGAUAAUGCCGAACCCACAUCUCACGCCGCCAAAGCCAUCCCCGAGCGCGCCCUCUGGGUGAAAGAAGAAACCCCCAAGACCCCAAUUCCACCCGCGCGCCGCGCAGCCUACAACAUCCUCCAAGCCAAACUCCGCCAAGUCGAAGGCCUCCCGGCCCGCGACAUUGCCAUGAACUACUGGCAAGCAGCUGAGGCAAUGCUCCAGCAGAUUCUCGACAUGCAGACGAUCGUCAUUCUUUCCUGGGCUAAGGCGGUGAGAGUGCUGAUGGAGAAGGCGAUGGGUGUUAUGGAUGCCGUGAGGAGUCCUUUCGAUCAUGAUCCGCAGGCGCUGAGGGAGGCGUGGAAGGCUAUGCAGGGGAGGCCGUGUAUGAGGGUCGGGUUGAGCUUUUUGGAUGGGGAGUUGGAGAUUCCCGAGAAGAGGAGGAAGAGGCAUGCGGAUCGACGGGCGUGGGCUGUGCAGAUUGUGAAAGGUGGGGAGUUGAGGGUGUUGAGUCGCAGGGAACUGAAGGAAGUGUUGGAGAGAGGUGGGGAGGAUGAUGGUGGAGCGUCUGCGAAGAGUGCGGCGAAGGAGGCUGCCGCGGCGAAGUCGUGGCAUGGAAAGGUGAGGGAGCAGGUGAAGGACUCGGGGACUGUGUAUAAGGUUCUCGGGGCGACUGUGACUUGUGCUGUGCCGCUUGCUGCUUGGUGGAUCUUGAGAUGA